AUGUCAUUCAUUAUACCUUCGAUUGACCAGUUGGAUGUGUCGAAAGAGUUGAUCGAGGCAGUCAAUCGAUCAUCCCUAUCAACAUCAUCAAUUCUACUUACACCUCUUCCACGCUUAGCUGAGCUGCUCAAAGUGAAAAUAUCUACAGCUCAAUCAUAUGUUAGACAAGUCAGUCAUGCGAUCACACCGUCAACUAAAAGGUUGAAUGAAGUAUACGAUAUCGAGUCUGGACCUUCUAGAUUACCGAUAGAUAAUCAAGGAGGAGAAGACGGCAACACGGACUUGGGAGGAAAAGGGAAGGGAAAGGGGAGAGACGAUGAAAGAAGAAGAGGCAAAUGGAAUUCGACAGGUGAUGAUGGUUUUGAUAAAGCUCUAGGAGGAGGAAUAAGGAGAGGUUGUUUAUAUGAGAUCACCGGUGAGAGUGCCGCGGGAAAAUCACAUCUCGCACUUCAUUUAGCGCUUUCAUUCCAACUACCUUCCCUUUCUUCUUCCCCAGGUGGAUCAUUGAUCCUCACUUCCGAAAGAGAAUUAUCGACAGAUAGAUUGGUUCAACUUGGUAAACAUCUUUUAUCGAUACAUGAACGUGAUUCACUGGAAAAUGGAGAAAUAAGAGUCAAGAAUUUAUUAGAUAAUGUGCUUACUAAUAGAGUAGGAGAUGUCGAUGCUUUGGAACAUGCUUUGAAUUAUGCUGUUCCAGCUAUACUAGAAUCACGCUUAUCAACUGAUACCAUUACCAAUGCCAAUCCACUCAAACCACGAGAUGAAUCAACCAAUUCAAGAUCAGGUUCAAUUGGUUCCUCCUCCUCUUCUUCUUCUGCUACUUCAUCAAAUAUACGAAAUACCAUUGGACAAGGGAAGACUAUCUUACCUAUUCGAUUAAUCAUUUUAGAUUCUAUCACAGCAUUAUUUCGAGGUGGAUCAACAACAGAUGAAAAACCAACUGCACCCUCAUCAAUCUCAUUGACGGAAAGAUCAAAAAGACUAUGUAUAGUUGCGGACGCACUGAAAUCCUUAGCAGUCAAGUAUGAUUUAGCUGUAAUAGUAAUAAAUCAAGUUUCGGAUGUAUUCAAUAAACAACCUAAUUCCAAUCCAAUCAUGAAUCUAUCACAGCCCACUUCUUCUUUCACGCAAACUCAACCUUUUACAGGAAUAGGAAUGAAACGACGAUCUCUUUCCAACGGAGGAGCAGGAGAAGAAGGAGAAAAUGAUAUACCAAUGUUAUAUAAAACGCAAUCAAGAUGGUUUUCAGGCGAAUCUGAUUCGCUGAAAAAAGAAGCUUCUUUAGGUAUCGUGUGGGCAAAUUCGGUCAACGUUAGAAUAAUGUUGAGUAGAACAGGUAGAAGAAGGCUGAUCAAUCAAAUUGAUCUAAAACACAAGAAAAGAAGAACAAUCUUACAAAAACAAGAAGAGGAAGAAGAACGACAACUGGCAAUAGACAACAGUUUAGCAGAUGUGGACGUUGAGGAAAAUAUAAAAGCUACAUUGAUAAGAAAACUACAUGUUGUUUUCUCACCUUUUUCACCUUCAUCGACUAUAGAUUACGUGAUCACUUCGAACGGAGUCCAUUCAUUAGCUGAUAGUCAUAAGGCCAUCGAUAUGACAGAAGUUGUAAAGAAGAAGAGGGAGAAAGAGAGAAUUCGAAAACAAAAUGAAGACGAAGAUGAGGCCGAAGGCGAAUACAAUGGCAACGGUGUAGGAGGCUUUGGAAAUCGGAGCGGAACAAGAGAUGAUGAAGAAGAUGACGGUGAUGGUAAUCAAGGGAAAGAAGAUUGGGAUGAAGUGUUCGACGACUUCGGUGAACUGCCUGAUGAAUUCUGGAAUGGUACUUAUGGUCUGGAUGGACAGAUUGAGGGUGGAAAUGGAAGCGAACCUGGGAACGAUACGAGGUCAGAUCGUUUUAGUAAUAAUCGGCUGGAUUAUACAAGUAUCAAUGGUUCAAAUCGAAUUAGUACGAACGGCUUAGAGCAGGUCAGUGAACCAGGAGUCAAAUCGUUGGAAACGGGAAGUGCAGCCGAUUGA